AUGUCUUGGCUCUUCGGUGGUAAGAAGUCAUCUACAGACUCACAAGAAAAUACUACACCAGUUGAACAAAAUGAUGAUAAACUGAAACAAACUCUAGGAUUCGAUCCAUCAUCAAUUUCGAAUGUGUCGAACGUUAUUUCUGUUCCAGGAGGAUUAAGUCCAUCACAGCUUCACCCAUUAGCAGGGCUAGAGCGUGGUGUUGAGUAUAUGGAUUUGGAAGAAGAACAGCUUUCUUCAAUGGAAGGUUCUCAAGGUUUGAUUCCAUCUAGAGGUUGGACAGACGAUUUAUGUUACGGUACUGGUGCUGUAUACUUGGUUGGUUUAGGUCUUGGUGGUUCUUAUGGGUUCAUUGAAGGGUUGAAGAACAUCCCACCUAACUCACCAGGUAAAUUGCAAUUGAAUACAGUAUUAAACCAUAUCACAAGAAGAGGUCCAUUUUUGGGUAACAAUGCUGGUGUGUUGGCCUUAACUUACAACUUGAUCAACUCAGUGAUCGAUUCUUUCAGAGGUAAGCAUGAUGUUGCUGGCUCAGUGGCAGCUGGUGCUUUAACUGGUGCUAUUUUCAGAUCUUCUAGAGGAUUGAAACCAAUGGGUUACGCAUCCGCUUUGAUGGCUGCUGCUGCUGCAGGAUGGUGCGGUAUCAAGUCUGUAAUCUUAUAA